CGAGUUUGCGCCGACUGAGUUCCGACGAUUAUGUAGUUCGCAAAAUUUGGAGAAAAAGCAGAAAAAAUGGUUACAACCAGAGUUAUUGACCUCGAAUACUGGUGGUGAUAGAGGAAGAAUUUCAAUCUGGGGGAAAAAGAGCGAAAACUACUGCUGUGAAAAUAGUGAAAUUCAAGGAAACCUAUUUCCGGCUCUUUACGAAGCUGUGAGAUCGAGGAAUCCCGGCAACAACCGUGAAUCACGUGAACAUGAACGUAAACACGUGAUAGGAACCCAAUAUAAAAGCCGCCGCUGAAGUCGUUCGUCUUCGAAAACAAAUAAUUUUUUGAGUUGUUUUACUGUUUAAAAGCGAAAUUUUUACUUGUAGGAUAAAAUAUUUGUUAGGUCAACAUGGAGCGUAUGGACCAAGGAGAUGAUGACAGCCCUAGUGUUGUCAGAAGACAGACCUCUCACUUGUACCCACCUAGUGUACAAUCAAUAUCGUCAUUUCAAAGUGGUAUGUCACCUUUCCCUCUAAACCCCAUGACCCCAGCACCGCUAACACCCCUCACACCCAUGACACCAAUGUCCGUAGAAUCAUCAGGAAUUCUACCUCAGCUACAGAACAUUGUAUCAACUGUGAAUCUAGGAUGUAAACUUGAUCUGAAAAAGAUUGCAUUACAUGCAAGAAAUGCAGAAUACAAUCCAAAGAGAUUUGCGGCAGUUAUAAUGAGGAUACGUGAUCCCAGGACAACGGCACUCAUAUUCAGUUCUGGCAAAAUGGUUUGCACAGGAGCUAAAAGUGAAGAUUUGUCCAGAUUAGCUGCAAGGAAAUAUGCCAGAGUUGUACAGAAAUUAGACUUCCCAGCAAAGUUCACAGAGUUUAAAAUCCAAAAUAUGGUCGGAAGUUGUGAUGUGAAGUUUCCAAUUCGUUUAGAAGGUCUUGUUCUGGCACAUGCGCAGUUCUCAAGCUAUGAGCCAGAGUUAUUCCCUGGUUUGAUAUAUCGUAUGGUGAAACCUCGAAUAGUUUUGCUCAUCUUUGUGUCUGGAAAAGUUGUUUUAACAGGAGCCAAAGAAAGACAAGAGAUUUACGAUGCAUUUGAGAACAUUUAUCCAAUAUUGAAAUCAUUUCGCAAAUCAUGAUAAAGGAUGUCACCAGAUUAUACCAGAAUCCACCGCACUUCAUGCGCCUGUGCGCGCAACGUGAUCUUGUGUGAUGUUUUUUGAUCAUUAGAAAGGAUCAAGUUGGGUUUAGAAAGGCAGCUUAUACCACGUUCAACCCUGCACUUAUAUGUGGAAUUCAUUUCAAGAAACGGGGGAGUUUCAGAUGAAAUGCAUUCAUCUGAUGUUGUAUUUCUGGUACACGAGAAACCAGGCGUGUUUUGAACUUUAUUGUGACUUGCAUUCUGAACCAGGCCUUCACAAAUUAAUCUAGAAUAU